GGUCAUAUGUUACGCUGUCUUUGUUUUGUUAUAAAAUUAAAUUGUAAAUAAAAUAAAUAUUUUUCAGUUACCACUUACCAUUCAGCAUUGAUUUAAAUCAUUAGAAGAUUUACUGUAGGUAUUAAAUUUUAAAUAAUGAAUUGAGGGUUUUGGUUGAUUGUGGUAAAACUGAAAAAUUCUGAUCUGAUGAGUUUGGAUGCGGAAGAAGCUAACGAAACCCAGCAACUAAUGCAGCAUGAAGGUGAAGACGAAGAGCACAGAGUUGCUCAGCCCGCGGCCUCGCCGGUGACCAGCGUCAAAAUGUCGAGUGGAGCUGCUAGCUGCACAUCAAAAAAUCCCGAAAAACUAUUCACCAAUACUGGCACCAAUAGUUUACAUGAGUCCUCCAAAGUCUCAUAUAUUAACGAAAGACGAUUACACAGAGAGGUCAUGCGGUCUAACAACAACACCAAACCAAAGAAUAUUCCUAAAGAUGCCCCUGAUGUAAAACAUAUGGAGAAAUCAUUACUGGAGCUACUAGAUGACUUCCAUACAGGAAAACUGAGUGCUUUUGGUUCCGGCUGCAGCAUGGAGCAAAUGAUCAACAUCAGAGACCAGCAGGAGCGCCUUGCUAGAUUGCACUUCAAGCUUUGUGCUGAUGUGGAAAAGCCAACAGAAGAUAGUUUUGACAAUUCAGCUGCUCGUGAUAAAAUGGCUCAGUUGGUGCAUAGUCUUGAGCAACUAUCUGAUUCAAUUGAACACUUGCAAACUGGAAAUAGUACCUAAUUCGGAUUCAAAUAUACUUUUGGGAAGAACCCUAUGGAAUCUCUUCAGGUCAGACCUGUUGUGAAAAUAAGUUUAAAAAUAUGUUAUUUCUAAAGAUGGGAUGUAUUAUAAAAUAAAGUAAUCAAUUAAUCAAA